AUGGCUAGAACAAAAAGGACCCGACGAACAACUCAACCUUCUCAAUUGGCAGCUUCUGCUACUCCUUUGAAUCAACCAUUCACAACUCUUUCGACCCAACCAUCCACAACUACUUCCACAACUUCUUCGACUCAACCAUCCACUACACCUUUGAUGCAACCAUCUAUUAAUUUACU